UUUUCUUUCUAGUUUCCUUUUCUCUAGUCUCUCUUGGGGAGUUCCCUUUUGCAAUGUUGGCAAGAUUCCCAGGGAGAGAUAAGGAACCAUGAAUUGAGCUCCUCUUCAUUCCUGAGAAAUCCAGUUCAGCACAGCCCUAUAGAAAGCUAUCUGAGAAGCAAAGACCAGUUUACAGGUCUACAGGACUGAGGACAAUAUGGCAACCAAUCAGAGGGAAAUAACUAAGAAUUAUCUUAAAAACUCGCUGCUAGAGCUUGAAUGUCACUUCACUUGGAACUUGCCCCAAGAAGCCACAGAGCUGCCUGAAACAGAAGACAGAAUUGAAAACCAAGUAGAAUAUCUAUCCAUUAAAUCCAAAAUGACCCUUUACAAUUUACUGGCCUAUGUGAAACAUCUCAGGGGCCAAAACCAGGAAGCUUUAGAAAACUUAGAAAACGCGGAAGAAAGCAUCCAACAGGACUACCCUGAGCAAGUGGAAAAGCGAAGCAUCAUAACCUGGGGAAACUAUGCCUGGAUCUAUUAUCACAUAGACAGACUUCCCGAAGCCCAGACUUACUUGGACAAGGUGGAAGCAAGUUGUAAGAAGCUGUCAAGCACCUUCCAGUACAAGGUGGACCUUCCAGAAAUUGAUUGUGAAAAAGGCUGGUCUCUGCUCAAAUUUGGAGGAAGGAAUUACGAGAGGGCCAAAGCCUCUUUUGAAAGGGCCCUGCAGGCAGACCCUGAGCACCCCGAAUUUAACACUGGAUUUGCCAUCGUCAUGUACCGGAUGGAUGACUUUCAUAAAGAUGGGACUAGGAGUAAAAGCCUUUCUCUGGGCCCUUUGAAGAAGGCACUCAGCCUGGAUCCAGAAAGUACCUUUCUGAAGGUUCUCUUGGCACUAAAGCUUCAGGAUAUAGAGGAAAGUUCUCAAGGAGAAAAAUACAUUAAGGAAGCCCUUGACCAGGUGUCAUCUGAGCCCUAUGUUCUUCGCUAUGCAGCAAAAUUUUACCGCAGAGAAGACAACCCAGAGAAAGCUAUUGAGCUCCUAAAAAAGGCCUUAAAGCUGGUACCAACCUCUGCUUUCCUACAUCACCAAAUGGGCCUUUGUUAUAGGACUCAAAUGAUCCAAAUCAAGAAGGCCACAAGGAACAAGCCGAGGGGAAAGAACAGAGAGGAAGUGGACAGGCUAGUCCGAUCGGCUAUAUUUUAUUUUGAAGCAGCCAUUAAGCAGAAACCUUUGUUUUUGGUUGCUUACUUAGAUUUAGCCAACAUGUACUCUGAAGUAGGUCAGCUUAGAGAAGCAGAAGACCUUUUUAAAAAAGCCCUGGGCCUGGAGCCUGUCAGAAAAGAGGACCAGCAAAAAGCCCAUUUCCAUUAUAGCCGCUUCCUGGAAUUUCACAGGAGGGCUGGAGAUGUGGCCAUUCACCAUUAUUUAGAAGGGAUAAAGAUAAAUACUGAGAAUUGCACCAAACUCAUAGAAGCUUUACAGAAAUUAAUUGCCAAACGGAUGAGUCAGAAUUCUUCAGAUACAAAGUGUUUGGGAGCUCUUGGCUUCAUCCACAAGCUGAAGGGAGAAAAGGGAGAAGCUUUAGAAUAUUAUGAAAAGGCCCUGAAGCAGGAUCCUGGUAAUGCUGAAUAUAUCAGUGCCCUGUUAGAGCUGCGCCUCUCCAUUUAAAAUCCCACAUUUUAGAGUAUGGAAGGAAGGAAAGAAGGAAGGAAGGAGUUUACAUAGGGAUGUGAAAAGAAUGAGGAUAGAGCAAAAAGAGUUUUGGAAUUGAGAAAAAAAUUGAGAAAGUUUUGAUCUCAUUGAAAUAAAAAUAGACUUGAGGAAUCAGAGAAUGAUUGUAGGUAUAAUGGUAGGACUAAGUAUGGAAAAUAGAAAAAAUUGAACUAGUUGAACUUUGUUUUGAAACAAAAUAUAAGAGCACUAUAUAAUGUGAAAACCUCAUAGCAAUUCAAUUGAACAAAAUGCUCUUCCAUUUCACAGGGCUCUCUUCAUCAUCAUGGAAUGUUAGCAAAUUUGAUUAUUAGUUUCAGAAAUUGAGUGCUACUGAAAAAAAAAAAAACUAAACAUCUUAAGGUGCUCUAGAAAACAGGCCUCUUAAAUUUCUUUAAAAUUUAAUAUAAAAUUGUGAAAAAUUGAAAAAACUGUUCAGACUAUUUAAUUCCCAUUUUUAUGUAAAAGCCAUUAGAUCACAAAUGUAUCUGAUACAUUUUAGGAGCUCUUGGCUUCAUCCACAAGCUGUAGGGAGAAAAGGGAGAAGCUUUAGAAUAUUAUUAAGUGUGUGUGUGGCAACUAUGUUUGAAAACUAUUAAUAGUUCAUGAGGUAUAGUUUGUUUACAUUAAGAAAAUAAUAAUGAUGAUAAAUGACUUUACUGUUGGAAAAAAAGCAUAUCAAAAUCUUUUUAAAA